GUAACCGCUGCUGUUAUGCUUCGCCCUGGCCUUCUUUCUUUAUUUUACACCUUAUUUCUUUUGUAGUUCGUUUCAUUUGUCAAUGUCUUUCUUUUCCUCUUGCAGAGGAAGGAGUUUGAUGGCACCGAGCUCAAUUAAGUUCUCGCGCCCUACCUUGGCUGUUCACAUCCUGACUAGCUGCGCUACAUUAUGUCUCUGUUUGGGAUCGUUUCAGCUGACUAUAGCUUUUCCAAUGCGCCGACGAUAGAUCCGGCAUCC